AUGUAUCCACAACAAUAUCCAUCUGUACCAUCUGCACCACCACCAUAUGAUACUAAUACGCAAUUAAAUCAACAAGCAUAUCGUCAGUCAUUACCAAAUUAUCAUACAACUAGUGACGAACGUAUGGCUGGUUUUCAACAUCUUGUUGAUCGUUAUGAAAUUAAUCAUACAUUUGCUAGAAAAUUACGUGCUCUUGAAGGAUAUGAAAUCGUAUUUAUUUGUGAUGAUUCAGGUUCAAUGAAUACACCACUUGGUGAUCUUUCGGGUCCUUUUGAUAAAGCACCAUCUCGAUGGGAUGAAUUAAAACAAACUGUAUCAAUUGUUGUUGAUAUUGCAAGUGUUCUUGAUCCAGAUGGUGUUGAUAUUUAUUUUCUUAAUCGUGAACCUUUAUUUCAUGUUCGUAGUUCAUCAGAAUUAAUACCUAUCUUUGCUGUACCUCCAUCUGGUCCAACUCCAAUUGUUCCGAUUCUUCGACGUGUACUUCAUGAUAAACAACAGGAAGUCGAAGAACGUAAAUUAUUAAUACUUAUAGCUACAGAUGGUGUACCAACUGAUAAUCAAGGUCAUCGAGAUAUUCGUUCAUUUGAAUAUGUUCUUAAGCAUGAACGUAGACCUGCUAAUCGUAUACCUGUAACAAUUAUUGCUUGUACAGAUGAUGAUGAUUGUAUUGGAUAUUUAAAUGAUUGGGAUAAAAAAAUUUCUAAUCUUGAUGUUGUAGAUGAUUAUAGAAAUGAAAAACGAGAAAUUCAAGCACGACAAGGAAAACAAUUUCCUUUCAGUUUUGGUGAUUAUGUUGUUAAAAUUCUAAUGGGUGGAGUUGAUAGUUGGUUUGAUGAUUUAGAUGAAAAGAAAGUAGCGACAGAUGGUUAUGGACGAAUAACAAGUGCUGGUUCACAUCGUAAGAAAUCGAAUUGUAUUAUCUUAUAA